AUGUAUAUUGGAGAAGUUGGGCAACCCAGACAGCAAGUGGCCCACAAUCCUGUCAGUGUGGUGUGUGAUGAGGACAAGAUGGUGGUGACUGUUCAGAGAGAUCUAUAUGGGAAUGGGAAGCUGGUGAAGGCCUCAGAUCUGAGCCUGGGAUCCCAGCUCUGCCCUCCAGAGUCUUUAAACUCUGAAACUACUGUGGUCUUUCGUGUUGGUUUACAGGAAUGUGGAAACACUCCCCAGAUGACUGCAGACUUGCUGCUGUAUAGCACCUUUCUGACCUACAAGCCAUCUUCUGCCACAAAUCUGCCCAUCACGAGGACCAGCUCUGCCGUAAUCCCUAUUAAAUGCUAUUACCCCAGGCAUGACAAUGUGAGCAGUAACGCCAUACAUCCAACAUGGGUUCCCUACAGUUCCACUUUAACAUAUGAGGAGAAGCUAAAUUUCUCCCUGCGCCUUAUGAAUGAUGACUGGAGUGGUCCCAGUUCUUCUAUCGUCUUUCAACUUGGAGAACCUUUGAAAAUAGAGGCCACUGUAGAUGCAAACAAUCAUAUUCCUUUGAGAAUUCUUGUAGACCGAUGUGUGGCCACACUGAAUCCAAAUACCACACAAGGACCUUCUUAUGAAAUCAUUGCUUACAAUGGGUGUUUAAUUGAUGGAAAACAAGAAGAUUCAAGUUCUGCCUUCAGAGCUCCAAGGCCUGACCCAAGCAAGCUUCAGUUUUCAGUUGAUGCUUUUAUGUUUAUUAAUGCAAACUCACCUUUGAUCUUUAUUACCUGUUUCUUGAGGGCUGUAACAAAUGAUGCUUCACCUGAUGCCUUAAACAAAGCCUGUUCAUACAGUAAAACAAACAGGUAG